AUGGCGGAUGAUAAAAUUCGAAUUGCUCUCUAUGUUCAAAAGGCAGCAUUACAGUUUAUUGAUGCUGGUAAUCGAUUUGAAAACAAGCUAUCGAGUGAGGUAAGAGAUUCUGGUUAUGGUAUUCAACCAGAGGAUAUUGCUUCUAUUAUUCGUGGCCAUGAUAACAGGACCUUAAAUGAUAUUGGUGGAGUUGAAGCAAUCGCAAGGAAACUGUCAGUUUCUUUGGAAGAAGGUAUCAGCGAAGAGAGUAUAAAUAGAAGACAACAGAUUUAUGGAUUCAAUCGUUAUACCGAAAAACCUUCUAGAUCGUUCCUGAUGUUUGUGUGGGAUGCACUCCAGGACUUAACUUUGAUCAUGCUCAUGGUUUGUGCUGUAGUUUCUAUAGGUGUAGGUAUAGCCACUGAAGGGUGGCCGAAGGGAACGUAUGAUGGUGUGGGUAUUAUAAUCAGUAUAUUCUUGGUAGUCACUGUUACAGCUGUCAGUGAUUACAAGCAAUCCCUACAAUUCAGGGAUUUGGACAAAGAGAAGAAAAAGAUAUUUAUUCAGGUGACCAGGGAUGGAAAAAGGCAGAAGAUCUCAAUUUAUGAUAUAGUAGUUGGUGAUGUUGUUCAUUUGUCAACUGGGGAUCAAGUUCCGGCUGAUGGAAUUUUUAUAUCAGGAUACUUUUUGCUUAUUGAUGAAUCUAGUUUGUCAGGUGAGAGCGAACCAGUAAAUGUUAAUGAAGAAAAACCGUUUCUUCUCUCAGGAACCAAAGUGCAGGAUGGUCAGGGGAAGAUGUUAAUUACAACUGUUGGGAUGAGGACUGAAUGGGGAAAAUUGAUGGAAACUAUUAACGAGGGAGGAGAGGAUGAGACCCCGUUGCAGGUUAAAUUAAAUGGAGUUGCUACUGUUAUUGGUAAAAUUGGUUUGAUAUUUGCUAUUCUGACAUUUGUGGUGCUGACAAUAAGGUUUCUGGUUGAAAAAGCACUUAAUGGUGAGUUUUCCAGCUGGUCUACGGAUGAUGCAAUGAAAUUACUGGACUUCUUUGCUAUUGCUGUGACCAUACUAGUUGUUGCUGUUCCUGAAGGAUUGCCACUGGCUGUGACACUGAGUCUUGCUUUUGCAAUGAAAAAAUUAAUGAAUGACAAGGCACUUGUAAGGCAUCUUUCUGCUUGUGAGACUAUGGGUUCAGCUAGUUGCAUUUGCACAGAUAAGACAGGGACAUUGACCACUAACCGGAUGGUGGUUACUAAAACAUGGAUAUGCGAAAAAUCCAUGCAGAUAAAAGGUAAAGAGAGUGCUGACGAACUGAAAACAUCUACACCUGAAGGAGUUCAAAACAUCCUUUUGCAGGCUAUAUUUCAAAAUACUUCUGCUGAAGUAGUUAAGGAUAAAGAUGGAAAGGAAACAAUAUUGGGGACCCCAACAGAAUCAGCACUGUUGGAAUUUGGUUGCCUUUUGGGUGCUGAUUUUGAUGCCUAUGCCCAGCGUAGAGAGUAUAAGAUACUGAAAGUUGAGCCAUUCAAUUCAGUGCGAAAGAAAAUGUCCGUGCUUGUGGGUCUUCCUGGUGGAGGGGUCAGAGCAUUCUGCAAAGGUGCAUCAGAAAUAAUAUUAAAAAUGUGUGACAAAAUUAUUAAUUGCAAUGGAGAAGUUGUUGAUCUUCCCGAAGACCGGGCAAAUAAUGUCUUUGGUGUUAUAAAUGAUUUUGCCUCUGAAGCUUUGAGAACUCUUUGUUUGGCCUUCAAAGAUAUAAAUGAAACCCAUGGGGACGCCAACAUUCCUGGUUGUGGCUAUACUCUAAUAGCAUUGGUAGGAAUCAAGGAUCCUGUACGCCCGGGGGUUAAGGAAGCUGUUCAAAUUUGCAUAGCUGCUGGAAUAACUGUCCGCAUGGUAACCGGUGAUAACAUACAUACAGCAGAAGCAAUAGCCAAAGAAUGCGGUAUACUUACUGAGGGUGGUGUAGCCAUAGAAGGUCCAAAGUUUCGGGACCUAUCUUCUGAGGAAACGAAGGAUGUCAUACCUAGAAUCCAGGUGAUGGCACGAUCCUUACCACUCGACAAGCAUAAGUUAGUAAACAAUUUGAGGAGUAUGUUUGGUGAGGUUGUUGCUGUUACUGGUGAUGGAACCAAUGAUGCUCCAGCACUGCGUGAGGCAGACAUUGGACUUGCAAUGGGCAUAGCAGGAACUGAGGUUGCCAAAGAAAGUGCUGAUGUCAUUAUCAUGGAUGAUAACUUCACGACUAUUGUCGAUGUUGUGAAAUGGGGACGUUCAGUAUACAUAAACAUUCAAAAAUUUGUGCAGUUUCAAUUGACAGUUAACGUUGUUGCUCUGGUUAUCAACUUCUUUUCUGCAUGCAUCACAGGAUCUGCUCCACUCACAACUGUUCAAUUGCUUUGGGUCAACUUGAUUAUGGACACUCUUGGUGCAUUAGCCCUAGCUACUGAACCUCCUAAUGAUGGACUUUUGAAAAGACCCCCUGUUGCAAGGGGAGCAAACUUCAUCACCAAACCUAUGUGGAGGAAUAUCAUUGGUCAAAGUAUAUACCAAUUAAUUAUCCUUGCGAUUCUAAAUUUUGAUGGGAAGAGGCUCCUCGGAAUUAGUGGUUCGGAUGCAACAGAAGUGCUCAACACUUUUAUAUUCAAUUCCUUUGUAUUUUGCCAGGUGUUUAAUGAGAUAAACAGCAGAGAUAUUGAAAAGAUAAACAUAUUCAGAGGCAUGUUCGACAGCUGGAUAUUUUUGUUGAUAAUUUUCUCCACUGCGGCAUUUCAAGUGGUGAUAGUUGAAUUUCUUGGAAUUUUUGCCGGCACUGUGCCUCUAAACUGGCAAUUCUGGUUACUAAGUGUGUUAAUCGGAGCAGUUAGCAUGCCUAUAGCUGCUAUCCUCAAGUGCAUCCCAGUUGAAAGAGAUAUUAGUAAGCAGCACCAUGAUGGUUAUGAGGCACUGCCAUCUGGUCCCGACCUGGCAUGA